ACGGCCGUGUGCCUCUCUGCCUCGGAGUCUCUCAACUCUGAACUCCUCAGUUUGCAAUCACAUUUCAACGUUUGGGUUUUUCUGAAACUCUCGGGAACCUCUGAACCCACUUUCUCUGUUUCCUUGGUCCCCCAAAAGCUAUCUCAAUGGCUUCCUGUAGCCUAGGGACAUCAUACCCUAAAAUUACAAACUUGAACUUGGGUAGAACAAGAGUUGGGAUUUCACAGUCGUAUGGUGUAAGAACUUGGACACUGCAAAGACCGCAACUUUACUCAGGUUUGUCAAUAUCAAGACGGUCAGAGAAAGUGUCACAUGUACACAGUGCUCCAUCUUUAGAAAUCAUAUCUGCGACAAGUUCAGAUGAUGGUUCUAAAGAGAGUGAUUCUGGUUCAGCCAGCCCGCGCAUUCCAAACUUUGAUGAGAUACAGUCUUUGCUUACAACAAUAUGUGAUACAACUUCAGUUGCAGAGGUUCAGUUAAAACUCGGUGGAUUUCGGUUACAUGUGGUGAGAGAGUUGACUGAAAAUGUUAGCACUCCACCUCCUUCGAUUCCCGCUCCUGUUAGUGUAAGUACACCUGCUGAAGUACCCGAAUCAAAUGGAUCAGUUCCUACACAAUCUUUAGCUAUCACUAGGGCAGAGUCUUCUUCAAGAGAUAUUCAAACAUUGUUAGAUAAAGCUGCUGAUGAAGGCUUGGUGUUAAUUCAGUCUCCACGGGUUGGGUCAUUUAGGAGAUCUCGAACAAUAAAGGGGAAGCGUGCUCCUCCAUCAUGUAAAGAGAAGCAAAUAGUGAAAGAGGGCCAAGUGAUCUGCUACAUAGAACAGCUAGGGGGAGAACUUCCAAUUGAGUCUGAUGUGGCUGGGGAGGUCAUCAAGAUACUACGAGAAGAUGGUGAACCGGUUGGAUACGGUGAUGCUCUGGUUGCCGUUCUUCCUUCGUUUCCAGGGAUUAAGAAGCUUCAGUAGACAAUUGGUUUGAUAUAUGUACUGGAAUAAAGAAACAUUUGUUCCAAUUUUCUUUCUUUCUUUCCUCUACUCUGCUCAAAUUUAACUCUUUCAUAGUAGUAUUCCGUGAGCUAGUUUAUACAUGCCAUUUUUACUGUGUGGCUUUGUUUAGCUGGAUGUUUCUGAAUGAGCUCUAUACAUGAAACUGGACUGGAACCGGUAUUUAGAGACUUUUAUAGAUACCAUGUCCAUUGAUGCUAU